CUACUGUGUCGCCACGGCAAUUCUUGUUAGGGUUCCUUCGGCCGAUCUGAUGAUUGCUAAGAACAAAAUCCAUGGAGGUAUUAUCGGGGUAGAAGUAGCAGAAGCCACAAUUGUAUUUCAUUAUCGUCUUUCUCCUUAAGACCGCCUGCAGAAAGGUUACUAUUCCAGUCGGUUUGACAAGAAGACUGACCUCGUAGGGAACAACGGUGAACUGUAGCGGUGAAUAUUUCAAUUCAUUUUUUUUUUGGAGUUGCCGUAGCCUCAGGAAAUGGAGAUUGGGUGGCCCACCUUAUCCGGUCUUCUCUAAAGUGAGAAGUUUUCAAUGACGGCCUCUCAUAUUUUGGAAUAUUUUUCUCUUGCUCACCUCCAUGGCGUUGCUUAAGAACUCGGCUGCACUUUACAAAGGCCUCUUCUUUAACACCUCCGCUUCUUCUAAUCAGUUGGUAUUGCAAUGCCCUGCAUGCUUCCCUGUGUACUAUUAUAGGAGGCGAAAUUAUUCUCCGCAGGCGAGGGCAGAGGUCUCUCCGUCAACCGAACAAGGUUGUUUCUUGGAGAGACUCAGGAGGCGUCAGGUGCUUUCACUAGGAGCAAUGGCUGCCUGCAUUCCACUUUACCAGGCCAAUCCUGCAUCUCUUGCAGCAGAGGUAAAAAAAGGAUUUCAAUUUGUCUCAGAUACGAAGGAUGGAUACUCGUUCCUGUAUCCUUUUGGAUGGCAGGAAGUUGUUGUCCAAGGUCAGGACAAGGUUUUUAAAGACGUGAUUGAACCCUUAGAAAGUGUCAGCGUUAACAUGGUCCCAACUAGCAAACAAGAUGUCCGAGAGCUUGGAUCUCCACAAGAGGUUGCUGAUGCUUUGAUAAAAAGGGUGUUGGCUCCACCCUCACAGAAAAUAAAGUUGGUGGAGGCAUCAGAGCAUGAUGCGGAUGGGAAAGCAUAUUACACGUUCGAGUUUACAGCUCAAGCACCAAACUUCACCAGACAUGCUCUCGGUGCAAUUGUUAUUGCAAAUGGCAAGUUCUACACCCUGACUACUGGUGCUAAUGAGAGAAGAUGGGAGAAGAUGAAAGAUAGGUUGCAUACUGUUGUAGAUUCCUUCAAAAUCGAUAAAUUAUAGUGAGUGACAUUAUUGCUGCAACUGAGAAAGAAGCUUUGGCUCUGCCACCACAACAGAUUUUUUUCUCUGCUUCAUUGUUUUAUUCAACAAAUGAUCUUCUCAUCCAACCAUCAUCCCUAUUUGAUGCAGCCUACAUUGAAAUAUUGCUUGUAUUUCUCUGUUUAUUUAUGAUCACUGGCAUGAAUACUUUACAGGACUCGUUUCUGUAAGAACUCCAUCAAUCACACAAUCUUAUUGUUUAUGGCUCCGGGAUUGGAGGCUGGAGU